UUACAACUGGGAGAAAAGCACCCGCUCAGCCAUCUAGCAUGGCGCACAAUUGAGUGGCUACAAGGAAACAUUAGCUGUUUUUAAGCCUUGCGCUCAUAUACCAUCUACUGCUUCAGCCUCGCAAAGCAAACUGGCUAUCCAAGGCGGCUACAGCAUGUUAGCCACCAGCAUGCUCAGCAUAAAGGCGUCCCAGAUCCCGCGAGGAUAGUCAUUCUUUUGUUUCUUCCAAGUUCCAAAUCUCCAUCCCUGUCUCAUACCUCGUCGAUCAUUCAACCUCUGCCAUGAGUCGGAACGUCGUCAGAGCCUUCCAAACUUCCACCGCAGCUGCCAUUCAGUACAUUGGUGCUGAUAUGAUGCAAAUCACAAGCAUCAAUGGCCCCAACGGGGCUCGCUGGUUGCAAUCCACUCGAAACAUCUGCGACGCGGUCGAGAGAGCGGAUCCCCGGAUUGUAUUUGCGGAUAUCCAAGGUGCCAAAGCCCAUAUAUCCUCCAAGGACAGAACCGACCUGGAGGAAGUCAUCACGGUGGGGUUGCAGACACAAGGAGGCUUACGUGUCGGCACGCUUCAUGUACAUUUGAAUGGCUCCUUCAAGUUCUUCCCAUCCCGUGCUGGUCGGGAGGGCGGAUUUGGCACCAGGCUCGCGCAGGCCAAUAUCCCGGGCUACCUUGCUGGGGAGGAUGACCCCUGGGAUAAGACCUCUCCGGCAAAGGGGGGAGCUCCGGGCUCUGCAUGAGCGGGCUUCUGGGAGCUGCUAUCUUGCUGUACUGUUUUGCUUCGUAUCGUGUGCUUGAAUGCGUGUCAUUGUUGAAUUUGUAUUAGCUAGAAGUCCGAAUCGUGAAUAUCCUUCCCUGACAGAUAAGAACCCGGGGAAACAGUGGCAGAAAUUCACAAGACUGCCCGUGCCUGUACUACAGCCCCCGCGUCCGACUAGCGUGUGGACUAGUAUUCUCAUCCUCUCUAUUCUUAUAGUACAGUGUGAAAAGAACGUCAGCGG